GGUUCCCCGGGGGAGUAUGUGGGGGGCUGAGGGACAGUUUUCUGAGUAUAAAAGACCUCGUCCCACCCAAAUCUCUUGCAGACGACAUAAAGAGAGAGCAGCUCAGUCUCAGAGUGAGAGCGUCCUGGGGUGUCACAGCAGGGCUAGCAGGCUAAGGAGUGACGUCUUGAAAGAGAACAGCUCAGAGGAAGACAUGUUUCCGUUCAAUGAAUUAACUGAAAACCCCAGGAGAGGUAGAAGAUCCCCUUCAUCACCAAGACCCGCGUAUGUGCAGCCAUGGAUGUCUCCUCCUUCCCAAUUGAUGGACCAGCCAUGGAGGGAACAGACGUUCAGCAGAUUGGACAGGAAUUUCCUUCUCGACGAUCUCCAAAAUUACGAUACUCAGACAAGGACAGUAACAGAGCCCAGAAUCCUGCUGGUCGGGCAGACUGGAGCCGGUAAAAGCAGCUUCUUCAACUCGUUGAACAGCAUCUUCAGAGAUCAUGUGACUAUGCAGGCCUUAUGUGGGUAUGGAGACAUCAAUGUAAGCAAAAAGUUCAGAACAUAUUCAGUUUCCCUUGGAGCAGGUGGAAGGAAACUGCCAUACAUCCUGUGUGACACCAUGGGCCUGGAAAGGUCAGGCUUUGAGGAAGGGAUCAAGGUAGAAGACAUCAUCAGUGUCAUUAAAGGACACGUCUCAGACAUGUAUGAGUUCAAUCCCAGGGCAGCCAUAAACUGUCAUGACCCGCACUACAUAAGAAGUCCCAGUGUGAAAGACAAGAUGCACUGCGUUGUCUUUGUAGUUGACGCUAACAAAAUCGUUAACUUGCCGAAAUUUCAACUGUUGAAGAAGUUUAAAGAAAUCAAGUCUGAAGUGAACAGCUUGGGGAUUCCUCUGCUCGUGCUGGUGACUAAGAUAGAUAAAGCCUGCAUGGAAGUUCAAAAGGACCUCACUAAAGUGUACAGCAGCCGCUACCUGCAUGAGAAGGUGACUCAGCUUGGACAGAUGCUGGGAGUUCCUGUCUCCUCCAUCUCCCUGGUUAAGAACUAUGCAACAGAGACGGAGCUCAAUUUCAGUAUGGAUCUUUUGAUCCUGAAGGCCCUGCAGCAGAUGCUGAGAGCCAUUGAUGUCUACUUUGAGGAAACAAAUGUGAGGCGCACCACCUUAUGGUGAACAAAAAGAAGAUCCUGAUGCUUUUAUUCCUCAAUGGCUUAAUAUCUUAAUUUCAUGCGUCCUUUUAAUUUUAUAAAAUAGCUUAAUCCAUGACAGGAGAGGUUAAAGGGAACUCCAUUCCACAAACAACAGCAACAUUUAUUUCUGUACCACAUUUUUAUACAAAUGGUGUAGCUCAUAGUGCU